GCCGCUGGCGGGGUCGGGGCGGCUGAGGCCCGGACGUGAGGGCGUUGGAGCGGCGAUGGCGGCCCAGGACCGGCGGUUCUGCGUGGCCGAGGAGCGGAGCGGACACUGCGCCGUGGUGGACGGGAAUUUCCUCUACGUCUGGGGGGGCUACGUGUCCAUUGAAGAUAAUGAAGUGUAUUUGCCAAAUGAUGAAAUAUGGAUCUAUGAAAUUGACAGUGGAUUGUGGACAAUGCAGCUAAUGGAAGGAGAUUUACCUACCUCCAUGUCAGGAAGUUGUGGUGCUUGCAUUAAUGGAAAUCUGUACAUAUUUGGAGGAUAUGAUGACAAAGGAUACAGCAACCGACUGUAUUUUGUUAAUUUACGGACAACUGAUGGAACGUACGUGUGGCAAAAAAUUAGUAACUUUAAAGGAAAUCCACCUACACCACGUGACAAACUCUCCUGCUGGGUAUAUAAGGACAGGUUAAUAUAUUUUGGUGGCUAUGGAUGUAGGAAACACUCUGAACUCCAUGAUUGUUUUGAUGUUCAUGAUGCAUCUUGGGAAGGACAGAUAUUCUGGGGGUGGCAUAAUGAUGUCCAUGUUUUUGAUACAAACACACAAACGUGGAUUCAACCCGAAUUUAUAAGUGGAGUUCCACCACAACCUCGAGCAGCUCACACUUGUGCAGUCCUGGGAAAUAGGGGCUACAUGUUCGGCGGGCGUGUCCUGCAAACUAGAAUGAAUGAUUUGCACUGUCUGAACUUAGAUACUUGGACUUGGUCUGGAAGAAUUCAUAUCAGUGGAGAGAAACCAAAACAUCGAUCGUGGCACACUCUGACACCAAUAGCUGAUGAUCAGCUUUUUCUAUUUGGUGGGCUAAGUGCCGAGAAUAUCCCUCUAAGUGAUGGGUGGAUUCACAAUGUCACAGUAAAUGGAUGGAGACAACUUACACAUUUGCCUAAAACUAAGCCCAGGUUAUGGCACACAGCCUGUCUGGGAAAAGAAAAUGAAGUAUUGGUGUUUGGUGGGAGUAAAGAUGAUUUGCUUUACAUGGACACCGGCCACUGUAAUGAUUUAAUAAUUUUUCAAACUCAGCCAUACUCACUUCUCAGGUUAUGCCUCGACUGCAUAGGUAAAAAUGCUAUCAUAUUGGGAAAUCAGAUAUCUUUCUUACCUUCCAAUCUUCUGCAACAAGUACUCAAAAAAAUAACAUUUUGGGCUGCAACUACCCAUCGACAGGAACAAAAAGCACAAAUCGAAAAAAUGGACCAUAAGUAUUACUGAACAACAGAAGUAAUUAUUAACCACUUAUACAUUUAACAUGUUCUGCAUUUUUUUAAAAAAGAUUAUCAGUAGAGGGCUUUCCACAGCAAAAACUUAGACUUGAUUUAAAAUGCAGCCUUGGGAACAAGGAAACCAUUGUACAUAGGAAGUUUCCCUGAGGCACAAAAUAUAAUAGAAUUGUGUUCAAUAUGAGUGGUAGGUUCAUUUACUAUUUAUGUGUGAGGGACUUUAAGGCCACUUUCCACCUGAACUACAUUAAAGAAAUUCUUCCUGAAAGUCAGAUGCCAAAACCUAUUGAUGGGAUAAAGAUUUAAGGAUGAGACGACUAUUUGGCUUAUAAGGCUAAUGAGUAUCCGACCUGGUGUAUAAAGGGAUUGAGCGGAAGAAUCUAGUUGAAGUGCUUUAAAACAGAAAGAGCUAUGUACUUCUGUUGCAAGCUUUAAGGAUAAACAGUUUUUCUCAGAUGGCUCUGUAAGUGAAAGAGGCUCAAAGUUUCCCUCAUACAACCUGACUACUGCUCAAGCAUGCCUUGCCAAGAGUAAAACAUUUGCACACGGGGUGCAUGCCACAAAGUAUUGCACAUUUGUCCCCUGGCACACCUCUGGGGCCCUGAGGCAAUUACUGUCACUCUUUGGCUUCCCCCUCCCUCACCCCCCCCUCGAUUUCCACCUACCUACCUUUCUCACUUUCCUGUAAAGGCAGCAUUUAUGGUUGGUCUCUGCCACACUUAAAAGCAAUUUGUAAAAAUAUGAUUUACCUUAUAAAAAAUGCUUCUUGGGUUUCUCCCAGAGCUAAAAUGGCUGAAAACCCAACUCAAUAAAAUGACUACAAGAAGAUACCCUUAUUCUUUGAGGUGGUACUCAGGAGACAGUGGGAAUCUGACCCUUUUAUUUCCAAUACUUACAUCUAACCAUAUAAUAGCAGACCAGGUAAAUCUGUCAGUUAUUGUGAAUAACUUUCUUUAACUAGACCCCAUUCCCUUUUACAGUCAAAUAAACCCCGCCCCCCAUCUUAUAUUUAUUCUAGAACUGAAACAACUGAAACCUUUCUCAGAAAGUCCCUGUACUGGUAUCUGAAAUUUGAUUUGUUAAAUUUAAACUUUAUUAUAAUACAGUAUCAACUAUUUCUAAAUUGAAAUUUCAUUCCAGUUGCAGAUUGUAACAUAGUUUAAUUGUUUCACUGGUCAUUGAAACUUUUGGAGGUCUAUUUUAUAUAUACUGAUUUUUGGAUGUGUAAAGUUCUAUUUAUGUAUUGAAGUAGUUUAUGUUUAAAUUUAUUUAUUGAACAAAGCACAUAGAGUUACUAUUUUCCUAUUUAUUUGGUCUGUGUGAACUAGUUAUUAGACCUAUAUGUGCAAUGUUUGUUAAUGUUUUUGUCAUUUUGGACUCAGUGGUAAAUAUAGAAAAAGGCUCCUUUUGGAAUGCAUAUUUUAGAAGAAAUUAUUUUAGGACUACACAGAGUAGAUCCACAUUCAUAUUUUCAGAGUUAAUUCAGUUUAGGAUGUGAUAUGUGGAAGUGGGAUUUGUUGUUUGGGGUUUUGUUUUUUAAGUAAGGAUAUGACCAUCAUCCAGUUAUGAGGUGUUUUAUUCGUAAAGGCAUUUAGUACAAUUUACUCCUUGGAAGGUGAUUGGAAUUCUUAAUCCUGCCCUAGAUGGUGGCUGAGUUUCAUAUUCAGCUGCCCCAAAAUCCUAACGUACAGUAGAGGUGCACCAUUUGCCUGUUAAAAAGUGGCAAAUGAUUUUGAUAUCAGCACCAUACAAAAGGGGUUAAUCCAUACCCUCCAAACUUCGAAACAAUAAAAAUUCCUGCAUCUCUUAUCAAUAUCCUUAACCUGCACUGCAGGAAACAGACUGAUCUUAUUCAGUGAGAACUGAUUGGUAAGGACAAUGUGUCACUUUCAAGGGGGGCAGUAAAAAUUGACAGUGGGUGGAGAGAACCACCUGAAAAGCAUAGUAGGAGUUGCUGAAAUCCAGCCCCCGGCCAGGAGCUGAGCCAAAAUUUUCCCGCUCCUAUAGGGCUGCAAGAAUUCCCACAGAGAUGGCUUCCCCGCUGCCGGGCAGCUGGUUGGCUGGCUUCCUCGGGUCUGUGCCACCUCCUUCCACCUCUCCCAGGGGUAUAGACAUGGAAUGGGUGGCUAGUUUCCAUAAGGUACCCACCUGGUAAUUGAUAACUUCAUAUAGUCGAGCUCCCUAUAGCCCAGCCCUUGGCAGUGGGGUCACCAGUCUGAUUGGGAAGUGGUGGGGGAAGGGGCAAGGGCUGAGUUCUUUUGCAGUAUCUGACCCAGGUCCCUUCCUCACUUUCCCAUUGCUACAUGCAGCUCCUUUUUUCAUGGCUCAUGGCCACAUCGACUACCCUCAGCCACUCAGUGGUAGUUCUCCAGAUGGUCGUUUCAGUUAAUCUUUACCCAUUUGAGACCUGAAUCGCCACUGUCUGGUUUUUGUUUUGUUUCUAAUUAAUAUCUUGGAACAGAAAUCUUAAAAGUAGUUUUGAAUUUAUUGCUGCUAGAAAGGCGAGAAAAGCAGUGUAAUUUCUAAAAGGCCCGUGAAACGUGCACACACACACGUGUGGGGCCCAGUAUUUUACAACACACCCAAAUGUUAGGCCCAAAAUACUUUUGGGGAUGAAACAGAUGCUCUCCUGUAACUUAUUUGCCUGUCUUUUUUUUUUCUACUUGGUGGGACUUCACUCCCUUUGUGUUUCUAAUUUAAGUUACUCCUGACAAAUCCAAAUCUUCCAGCAAAGUCAGUUUAUAUAAAUAUAGCAAAAAGACCAUUCCCAUUUCAGUUGUGGCUUUCAAUUUUCAAGUCAUGGUGACAUCUUGUUUCUAAAUCGUGUGAAGGAAGGGUGCUCUUCUUUAAAUGAAAUUUUAAUAGUUUUUAUUCUGUAUUUCUAUAGAAGUUUUGGUAAGCCAAAAGUGUUUUAGGUAUUUUCAUCACAGUCCUCAAAAUUUUAUUGUUUUAAAUGUUAUUCAAUAGUAUGUAUUUUUGAGGACAGAGUAAAUACUAGUAAGUGAUAUGGUUUCACAAGGGAAGGUGAAAAGUGCAAGCAGUACUGCAAGAAUAUUGGGUCUACAGUAUCCUGAAAAAAGAAAACCUAAAGAGGAAGAGGUUUUUAAAAGGCGACUGCUUAUCAAGCAUCCACUCAAAUUUACUUCCAGAUAUUUUUAGCACAAUGUUCUGUUUUAAUAAAUGUGUUCCAAAAAAAA